AUGGACUCUCAUCUCAAGAGCCAGCUGGCUGCCCGCCAUAUUCAAAACAUGAGCGAGGCCGCCUCACUAGAACCUCACUGGGGCUACGCAGACCGGGCGGUCCCUUGCACGAAUGAUCCUGGAUCCUGCGCCUAUCUCGACGUCGUCUACGGCUCCCAUGAUCUCGGCAUGUUGUAUGUCGGCAUCUUGUGGGUUCUCAUUGGCAUUAUCUUACUCCUAUGGGCCGUUGGCCGGCGAGCACUACCAUCACUCUCCGAGGAAGACGUGCUACGCGCUGCUCUUCUUGAAGAUACCCGCGCAAGCAAGAGCUUCACCAACCGACUGCGCCAAACAAUCUCCUCCGCCGUGAACCGAUACCUGCUCCCCGAUUGCAUUCGUCCAGUCUUUGGGCGAACCACUCGCCUUCAGGUCUUGAUUCUUGCCGUAUUGGCGGCAUACCUCCUCGUCUUCUCUUUCGUCGGCAUCGUGUACAACACCUGGAUUACCCCCGUCAAGAAGAUGCCCGGUGUUUACAACACGAGAGUCAGUCUCGGUCCUUGGUCUGACCGUAUAGGAGUCCUCGCCUACGCCCUCACGCCCUUGUCCGUCCUCUUCGCCACCAGGGAGUCUAUACUGUCCCUUCUCACCGGCGUGCCCUACCAGAACUUCAAUUUUCUUCACCGUUGGGUUGGGUACAUCAUCGUCAUCCAGUCCAGUCUCCAUACCAUUGGUUGGUUGGUCAUCGAGGUCCGCUUGUACCAACCUCAACCCACUGUUGCUGAAGAGUGGAUUUCACAGCUCUAUAUGAUCUGGGGCUGCAUUGCGCUGUUCUUUCUUAUGGCCCUCUACGUUCUCAGCUUACCCCCUGUCAUCCGCCUGACCGGUUACGAGUUCUUCCGCAAGUCUCACUACGUCCUGGCCAUGCUGUAUGUCGGCGCAUGCAUCGGCCAUUGGAAGAACUUGGAGUGCUUCAUGAUUCCAGCUCUGGUCAUCUGGUUCUUGGAUCGUGCCGCCCGCGCUGUGAGAACCGCCUUAAUGCAUCACAACUUCAUUGAGGGCAAAGGCAUGGGCUUCUCUGCCGCUCAGGCUGCCAUCACCCUUUUCCCGGAUUCCGAAAAUGGCGACGUCGUCCGCCUCGACUUUUCCCACCCCCAUGAUUCUUGGAGCAUUGGCCAGCACUUUUACUUGUGCUUCACGGAGAGUAGCAUCUGGCAGUCACAUCCUUUUACCCCGCUCAACGCUCCCGUGACCGUGAAUGGGAGGACCAACCAUUCUUACAUCUUCCGCGCCAAAGGCGGAGAGACCAAGAAGGUUGCAGAGAUCGCUGCCCGCAAGUUGGCUGCUGCUCCAGGAGAAAAGAGUGAGGCUGCGCCUACGACUUCGGUUGUCCUAACGGGUCCUUACGGUGACCCGAUCGUUCGGAACGUCACCUCGGAUGUCAACGUACUAUGCGUUGCAGGCGGGACCGGCGUGACGUACGUUCUCCCCGUUCUGACGAGCUUGAAGAAGAACUCUGCGGGAUCACGAAAGCUUGAGCUUGUCUGGGUCGUGCGUCACAUGAAGGAUGUUGAAUGGAUCAGGCCUGAGCUCGAUGCUUUAGAGGUCGGGGAGGGACCCAAAAUCAUCGUUCGCAUCUUCGCAACACGCGAUGGCGGCAAUCAAGUUUCGGCGUCUGGGCGAUCCGAGUCUGAGUCAACGUCCGACGGGGGAGAGGCCACCGGCGAAAAGCAAAUCAAGACAUCAGCUAGAUCGGUGGGAGAGGUAGCGUCUAGCGAUGCCCCGCGACACCCCGAGAUGACGGCAGUCGUGCGGCAGUUCGUGGAUGCAACGGUUUUCGGACAUCGGUCUUCGCCAGUGGACCUGGAAGCUUGA